AUGGUGACAACCUUCAUCUAUAACCACACAUAUAUUGUGAGUCUCAUGAAAAAAUAUACAGGUGGUAGAGAUAUUAUUCGUCCUAGUGUUACGCGAUUUGUAACACAAUUUCUACAACUUCAAGCAAUUGUGAGACAAAAGAAUGGUCUUGAAAACAUGUUCAAUUCUGAAGAAUUUAGAAAAACAAAAUAUGAUAAAGAAAAGAAAGGACCAGGAUAUGAAGCAAGGAAAUUUGUUAUGUGUAGGGACUUUUGGAGUAAGGCUAAUGUUAUAUUGAAAGUAUUUAAGCCAAUUGUAAAAGUUUUGAGACUAGUUGAUGGUGAUGAGACACCAACAAUGGGUUUCAUAUAUGAAGCCAUUGAUUGA